GUGUAUUAUUGCGAUUCGCUUCUCAAUUUUAGUAUAAUUAGGCAUCUUGGCACCGUUUUUGGCGGUGGGUGGCUCCGAAGCGAGAACGGGCAAUUGCGAUGGCGGUUGGCGAGGGUUCUUUCGUAGGGUUGGGUGUGAGAGCGGAUUCAGAUGCGGCUUCUUCUUCUUCUUCCACGCCGAUAGAUUCGUCGAAUAUUGGAUUUCAGUUGUUGAAGAAGCACGGUUGGAAGGAAGGGACAGGACUCGGUGUUGACGAACAGGGCAGGAUUGAGCCUCUACAGGCUUAUGUCAAGAAAAACAAACGAGGUCUGGGAGCGGAUAAGCCAAAGAGAGCAAUCAAGAUCUCUAAAACCUGCAAUAGGGAGGAUCAUAAAAUAUCCACAAGUAAAACAAAGGGCAUCUCCAAGAAGAUGAAAAAAUUGCUUGAAUUUGAAAAGAAGAUGGAAGAAAAGGAAUUCGACCGGGCAUUUUUCAGGGAGUUCUGGCCGGACAACGUUUGAUCUCCAUUAUUCUGGGCAUCCGACAGAGAUUUUUGUAUGUUGGAUUUGGUAGAAGUUGGAAAACAAUGACUUUGUAUUGUACGGCUAAUUUUUAAAAUUUUUGAUAUUAUUAAUUAACAAUAAUUCUUUGUAAAUUAUAUUAUAGUAAAUAAUUAUAUUGUCAAAAUUAUUAGAAA